CUUUAUCCGAUGCUGCACUCAUCACAUCCUCUGACGGACUUUGACUGGGCGAAUUUAACCGGACGGGAAUAAAGUCGAUGGAUUUUUUGGGCUGGCCAAUCGAGUCGGACGGAAAGCACCAGAGUUCCAUGUCUAAUAUUUCCAAAUCAAUUCAAUUACUCUAAUAUAAUUAAUGAUACAUUUUAAUUGAAACGAAAUAGAUAAAAACCGAUUGUUUUAGUGUUUGUUUGUUGCGGUUUUUAAUUAUUGUGGGAUAUUGACUUUUUUUAAAUCGAUAUUUUAUUUUUAUGGCUAACGAUUAGUGUCGUCUGCUUUUUCCUGUUCUGUACUUUUUUUUUUCUCUCGACAAAGCAUGAGACAAAGAAACCACGUUUAAGAUCACAAAGAAAAUGGAAUUUUUUGGAAACAAAUUUACACGAAAGAUUAAGAACAUCACAAAAAUGUGAUCGUCGUUUUCAUCAUGUUAACUCUGGGUGUCGCGGCUCUCCAGUCUCCAUGCUGUUUUGGCAGAUUUGAGAAAUUUUAUUACCUGACUACCAUUCAUUAUGAAGCCCACUGUCCAUGAUUGGCAGUUUGUUUCCACUGUUAUAACCCUUUCCGUUGUCAUCAGGUUGUCAUAGAUUUGGGGCCUGAGCCAACCAUCACAACAAAAAGAUGUGCAAGUUUUGCUUGUGCAUCACGAAUCACAUUUCAUCAAUCACCUGCCAUCAGCAACAAUCUCUGUGUCAUCGCUAAUGAUAGCCAGCAUCCCGUUUGAGUGGAGAAACAACUAAAUGUCGGUCGAGUUCUUUGCCUUUCCUUACUUGUGGACAUGUGAAUGCCUGGAUGUAUUCACGAAGACGUCCUUUUAACUAACUUUUCUGGUGGAUUCUGCAGAUUUGGAACAUCCAUGAAAUAUGGAUAUGCCUGCCUGUAUUCCCCGGGCUUCAAGAUAAACAGCAUUUUGAUUGGAGAAACUACCGAUGCCGGGCGACUCAUCUCUUCUUUCCCUUUGUUUAAAAUGUCCUCGUGUAUGCCCAUGUGAGUGUGGGUGUAUUCACGAGGACCUCCUUUUUCCUAUCCCGCCUGCUGGAUUCAUUGGAGUGUCUGUGGAUGCCUGGCUGUGGAUUUCCCGGGCUUCAAGAUUUGGGGCCUGCUGCUGGGCCAACCAUCAUCACCACAAGAUAUUCAAGCUUUUCUUGUGCAGCACCAAUCACAUGUCAUCAAUCAUGUGUCAUCAGCAACAAUCUCAAUGUCAUCGCUAAUGAUAAACAGCAUCCCGUAUGGGUGGAGAAACUACUAAAUGUCCUCGUGCACACCCAUGUAAGUGUAAGUGUAUUCGCGAGGACCCCCUUUGAUCCCUUCUGGUGGAGUCUACGAAUUUGGAGCACUUCUGGAUGCCUGGCCUCAUUGUCCGGGCUCAAAGGUGUUUUAAGUUGAAGUGAUGGCCCAGGCCUCGUCCGAAACGACCCAUUUCAAAACGUUGUGCAAGAAAACUGGGACGACCUACAACAAAAAGGACGUCCUUGGCAUGGGCAGUUAUGGCAUCGUUUACCGCGGUUGCCAUCGCGACCGUCAAGUGGCCGUCAAGCGGAUCGAAUUGCAUCGGCUCCACCCGGAAGAGCGUGAAGUCAAACUGCAGAUGAAACUGGAACACGAAAAUGUUUUGAAAAUGUGGACGGUGGAGAAGGACGACGAUUUCAGGUACGUCGUUUUGGAAUUAUGCGCGGGAACUCUCGACCAAAUCUGUGAAAAGGGCAAAGUCUAUUCGGGACCCGUUCUGCCAUCUGAUCAAAGAGUUUUGUACCAAAUCGCCGACGGACUCGACUACAUCCACUCGCACAAACUGGUCCACGGCGACGUCAAACCGGCCAACGUUUUGAUUUCAACGACGGGCACAAUCAAAUUGUCCGAAUUCGGACUAUGCAAGCAAAUGCCUUCGGCGUUGGACACGUUUCCGGUGAGCGGAUUCAAAGGACCCGCCGUGUGGAUGGCGCCGGAAUUAUUAUUGCCGGACAGCCAUCAGAUUAUUAUUCCGGCCAAAGCUACUCCGCAAAGUGACAUUUUCUCUGCCGGUUGCGUGUUUUUCGUCUACGUCACGCGCGGAAAUUUCAACCAUCCGUUUGGCGACGACCACGGCACAGUGCAAAACAACAUCCGGAAUAACCAGCCAGUCAACAUCGACAAAUUAAAUUCGGAUCACUUUGCGGCUUUUGUUAUCAAGAAUAUGAUCGAGCACGAUCCGCCGCACAGAAUACCACUGGCGGAAGUGAAGCAAAUGCUCCGACAAAUCAUAUCCCGUCAAACGCUGAGCUCUUCCGGUUCGAUCGAGGAAGUGCUGGAACAUUCGCCAUUAUCAAGGAAUAGCAGCGAAGAAAUCACAGCCCGAAUUUCGCCAAUGACAAGGCGACGUAACCGGAAUCACAGUGAACGACGCAAACAAGCGGCCCAAGAAUUCAAAGACAUCCAGCUGGCCAGCUCUCCCAAGUCGGAUGCUUCUCACUUCAGUUUGACGCCGCCCAAAGGGGCCAGCAUCGGCGUGCCCUUGGAGAAUUGCCCGCGUUCUUCAAAGUACGAGAAUAUUCCAAGGAUCGUGGAACAGUGCGUCGAGAUAGUGGAAGCCCACGGGCUGGAAAAUGUGGGAGUCUACCGAGUGCCAGGCAAUUUCGCCGUCAUCAACGCCCUGACGGAAUCUUUCAAUCGCGGAGAUUUCGGCGAAUCGGAUUGGCGCUGGAACGACGUCAACGCCAUCUCAUCGGUGAUGAAAUCAUUUUUCCGCAAAUUACCGGAUCCGCUGGUGACGUCCGAACUCUACGGCGCCGUGAUCGAGGCCAGCAAGCUGGAACCGGAGCAGGAGCGUUUGAAUUGCAUCAAGCGGCUGGUGGACGAUUUACCCGAUCCGCAUUACUCAACUUUGCGUUAUCUGGUUGGCCACCUGUCGCGCGUGGCCGGUAGCAGCGACGUCAAUAAAAUGAACGCUCGUAAUCUGGCCACCGUAUUUGGGCCGACCCUCGUUCGUUCCGCUGACGACAAUAUGGCCACCAUGAUGGCCGAUAUGCCGCAUCAAUGCCGUAUCGUUGAAACGCUCAUAGACAAAAUCGAUUUCUUUUUCCCAUCUCCAGGUCAUAAUCAGGUGAUUACUGCUGACGCCCAGCAGACUGAAGCCCCGCCUAAUUGAUACUUUGUACUCAAUGUGUUACGUAAAAGGCUCCUUAACCUUAAAUGAAUAACUGUACAUAUCAACGAUCGAAAUGAAGAAAAAUACAAUGUCAGA